AUGGCGAAAGGUAUGGAAAAGCCGGCUGUGCUAGAGAGGUCUUUCUCUAAUACUAUGGAAACGUUAAACGCAAAUGAUAAAGACCAUGGCUCUCAUAUCCUGAAGGGGCUUUUAGCCAUGUACAAGGAUGGCAGAUACAGCGAUGUCAGCCUGAAAAUUGGUAACGAGCGAGCGAUACGAGCCCACCGUGCUGUGUUGGCAUCUUUCAGUCCCUAUUUUGAAGCUCUUCUUGGUGCCAACUGGAGAGAAGGAAACAAAGAUGAGGUAGAAAUACCAGGCCUAGAUGAACGUGCUGUUAGUGACGUGAUAGAAUUCGCAUAUUCUGGAAAUAUCACCAUCAACACUGGAAACGUGCAAACUUUGCUGGAAGCAGCAAAUUAUUUGAGGGUCGAGUUUGUCAAAAAAUCUUGCGGAGACUUCCUGAAAGGUGGCAUUGAUGAUAAAACUUGCCUCAGUAUCUGGCGUUUGGCUGAUUUCUACGCGUUGGAAGAACUCGUCAAAGUGGCCAAACAGCACUGCCUGCGGCAUUUCACAAAUGUUUGUGAGGAAGAGGAAUUCUUGUGUCUUCCUUUCAAUUUCUUAUCUGAUCUGCUUGCGGAAGAGGAACUUUGUGUGGUGACUGAAGAUUUAAUUCCACGUGCAGAAGAGAGGGAAAAAGUCGUGUUGCAAGCGGUUUUUCGGUACAUCAAACACCAUGAAGAAGAAAGAAAGGCACAUCUUCCCGAAUUGUUAUCAUCCCUUGUGAGGCUUCCAACUUUGUCAGAUGAAUAUCUGUUGGAACUCGCUACCCAUGAUCUUCUAGUUGGCUCUUGUGAUGAAAUUCUAAAAAAGGCCCAAACGCUGAAAAAGGAUCCCCCUGUGAAAGACUCACCCGAUGAAAGAUGGGCAAUCCCAAGAAAAUUUGCAGAACGCAUUUUAAAAUGGGGACGUGCUUUUGCUAAUGGACGGCAGGUUCAACCAGAAAUUGCCCAACACUCAGACAAAGACAGGCUUGAAAAUUUGGAAAAUGAGUGCUGCGUCACAGGCAUGGAACUCUGGAUUAGACAUUGGGAUGGACGACCUGUUCUUGGCGGCCUAAAGGUUUGUUAUGGUACUGACAAGACAACAAUAUUUGGGGAUGGUUGUGGUGGUAUUUACAACAGCACAGCUCAGGAACACCAUGAACAUCAUGAAUUUCAUCUGGAGGAAAAUGAAAGGAUUGUGAAAGUUGAUGUGAAUUCUGGCUGGAUGAUUGAUAAGCUCACAUUUUACACUAACAAGAAAGACGAAGACGGCAAUCCUAAAAGCUAUGGUCCAUAUGGUGGCAGUGGUGGUGGUCUUCGUUCAGAGACACCUCCAGGUUCGUAUGGAUACCUUGCUGGAGUUUCUGGUGCAGUUGUAAUGUCACAAGGUGAGGCCGGCAUAACCAGGUUGCAGUUUGUUUGGCGAAGUUAUAUUUUCCCUGGUGAUGAUCGUAAGCCAGAAAGAGGUUUUUGUGUAUUGGAUGUUGAUGAUGAAGAUUAUGAUGAUUAUGACGACUAUUAUGAUUCUGAUGAUAAUGAUGAUUUUGAUGAAUAUGACGAUUAUGAUGAUGAAUAUUAUGAUGAUUAUGAUGAUCUUUAUGACCAAGAACUUGGUGUUCAGCCUUAUAUGUUUGAACCACUUGCCUGA